ACAAGAAUGGAAAUAACCUCAGCCACCAAAAUAAAAUCCCCGCUCUCUCUCUCUCUCUCUCUCAUCUCUCUCUUACACUCAAACGCACAGCAAAAACCAGCUGAAAUAAUAAUAAAAAAACUCUGCUUCAAGAAUCAUUCGGUCAUCUUCCGGUUCCCGGUGAUCACACAUCAUGAUCGACCACGGCGACGGCAUCUUACCGUCACUUGAUUUCGAGAAUCUUAAAGUAAUAAGCGCCGUGGGGCGCGGGGCGAAGGGAGUGGUGUUCCUAGCGAGAGCCGGUGACCGGUCAUGCAGCGAGUGUUUGGCUCUGAAGGCUAUAUCGAAGGCUCUGAUUCAGAAGAAGGAAGAGGCUUACGGAGAGUAUAAGAGGGUUUCAUUCGAACUUGAAGUGCUACGUCGUUUUGAUCACCCGCUUUUGCCGCGGUUGCGAGGGGUUUUGGAAACCGAUGGAAUCGUUGCCUUCGCCAUGGAUUUCUGCCACGGUGGCAACCUCCAUUCUCUCAGGAAGAAACAAACUGAGAAAAUGUUCGCCGAUGACACCAUCAGGUUUUACGCGGUGGAAUUAGUCCUAGCUUUGGAGUACUUGCAUGGUUUGGGAAUAGUGUAUAGAGACCUAAAGCCAGAAAAUGUUAUGAUCCAAGAAAACGGUCACAUAAUGCUCGUAGAUUUUGAUCUCUCCAAGAAGCUGAAGCCAAAAUCUCCUCAAUCAACGAGUCACAAAUCGUCGAGUCCUAACUCGUCGGCGAAGAAACCCGCAAGGAAGCGACGGUUGUCGUGGCUUAACAUAAACUGUAACUCUGGCAUCUUGCCGUGCGAGUUGGACUCAGUAGAGCCGCAACCUGAGUCAACUCGUCGGGGUGAGUCAGACUCAGUGGAGAAAUCGAACUCCUUCGUUGGAACGGAAGAGUACGUGGCACCUGAGGUUGUCGCAGGGCAGGGUCAUGGUUUCGGUGUUGAUUGGUGGUCACUCGGUGUCGUUUUGUAUGAAAUGUUAUACGGAACGACGCCGUUUAAGGGCGAGAAUAGAAAAGAAACGUUUCUUGGGAUAUUAACGAAGGAGCCUGAGCUGACGGGGGAGAAGACUGCGUUACGAGAUUUGAUUGGUAGGUUGUUAGAAAAGGAUCCUGAUCGUCGGAUCACAGUUGGCGAGAUCAAGAGUCAUGAUUUCUUUAAGGGAGUUAAGUGGGACACGGUGUUGCAAAUAGCGAGACCACCUUAUAUUCCUUGUAAUGAGGUUGAAGACGCAGUGGGGCUUAGCAAACAGGAAGUGGAGAUUUUUGUUCAUGGAGUAUUUUUUCCUGAGGGAAAUGAUGAUAGAAGAGAGAAAAAUGAGAAAGUGGAGGAAAAGAAUGGUGGAAACGAGGAGAAUAAUAGUAACAAGAAAGUGUGGUCUGACAAGUUGAGUCAUAGAGCCACUGAGAAUGAUGAUUUUUUAAUUUUUUGAUUUAAUUUUUCAUUUUUGUUAGAUACCUAUUUUAAUUACUUUAUCUAAUAUAGAUGCAGAAGAUAUAGGGCUCAAUUCUUUUGAUAUGGAGGCCUUGUGCGUGUCUUCCCCGGAUAAACAUAUACAAAUGCCCCCACAUUGUUUUGUUUGGCAAGCAAAACUAUAAGAAA